UGGACUUUACUCUGUAGACAGUAUAUUUUGAAGAAAAUGAGUUUAAAUGAAGCAGAUUUUUCUCAAUAUCUGGAAGAAAAUUCACCGAUUCCACCUGAUGUCGUCUUCCUUGUCCAGGAUGAUGAGAAAGGAAUUAUCGCAGAGUACAAAGCGCACAGGCAGUUUCUGUCAGUUGUGAGUCCUGUUUUCCAGAAAACCUUCUUUGGAUCUUUUGGAGUCCCGGAAAACCCGAUGGCGAUAAAAGAUACUUUCCCCGCAUCGUUCUCUCUUCUCUUAGACUAUAUUUACAAAGGAGAAUCAGAUUUUCAACUCUUUAAUCAGACUCGAAUAGUUAUUAUUACCGAUGUUUAG